UAGUUCUGACCGGAUAUCGCGGAAGGAGGUGUUGUUCGGUCAACCUUCAGAAGUUUCUCACUGAUGUAAUACUGUAGUUUGAAGACAGGUACAACAUGAGUCAACUUUUUCUCACCACAGCCAGGUUACUUCGGACGCAGGGGCGGCGAUCGGCCUUCCUGCGGGCCCUGAGCAGUGAAGCGGCGGACACGGGCAGCCGCGAGCACAUCGACGGGCUGGUAAAGAAGGACAAGGUGGUGGUUUUCAUGAAGGGGGUUCCAGAGCAGCCCAUGUGCGGCUUCAGUAACGCCGUGGUACAGAUCUUCAGGAUGCACGGAGUCGACAACUACUCCGCCUACAACGUCUUAGAAGACGAGAAUCUUAGACAAGGUAUCAAGGACUACAGCAGCUGGCCGACCAUCCCACAAGUCUUCCUGAGUGGUGAGUUUGUGGGCGGCUGUGACAUCUUGCUGCAGAUGCACCAGAACGGAGACCUGGUGGAGGAACUGCAGAAAGUCGGCAUCAGGUCGGCUCUGUUGGACAAACAACCAGACUCAGACAAGGACAAACAAUAAAAUGGACAUGUGGACCUCAUUCUAAUGUCUCCUGGCAGAAUCAGGAGUGGCAUCAUCCCAGAUAUGGACUCAAACAUAAAAAAUUUAAAGAAGUGAGGACAGCCAUUUAGGAGUCAUUAUAGCAACCAUGUGAUGUCAAGCCUUGCCUCCACAAAAACAAGCCAGGCGCAGCAGCAUUUUCCUAGCCCAACAUCCAGCCAUGUUCAGCUUGUGUUUUCUUCCAAACAAGGUAGAGGGAAUUUACUUGGACACUAGCCAAACAUGGAUGGAUCUCAGACAAGUAUUUUCAUGUUAUAUGUAUUCAAUUUUCAUUAAAGGCAAUAUAUAAAUGUUCUAAUGGUUUACUGGAGCUCGAACAGACAAGUGUACCAUUCACAUUUACAUAAAAGAUACAUGUAUGCAGAAAAUAUUGAGGGUGACAGUUGUGAUUUUCCAAUCUUACUACAUGUACUAUUAGUAUUAGUUUGUGCUUAUUUUAAAACAGUAGGUGAUUACCUGGCCUGUGAUAGGUUUGUAAAUAUUAAACUGAAACUUUCAUGCUAACUUGUGUGUUACACUGUACCCUGUAAUUAACUUUCCUUAUAUCUGGUGCAUCUGAGCACACUUUGUACAUGUAUCUUUACUUUCUCCUCACUGUCUUUCAGUUAUCCUAGACUUUAUGGGGGAAAGUCCCAUAAGAUCUGAAUAGGUUUACCUCUUUAAACAGAAAGGUAAUUCUAAAGCUGCCUUGUAUGUUGCACUAGUCAGUUGCAGUUAGCUGUUACAUUGAUAUUACAAUGGAAGUGAUUAUACAGAAACAUGCAGUUUGAUUUGGUUUGGUCACAUGGACAAUACAUUUGAAUUUGAAGUUGAACCA